GGCUGCAGAGCGUUGGCUGGGACUCAGGAUUGCUCCGGUUUAUUGACUGUGCGUUGGCUCUCCUUCUGUACAAUCCCAUGGUUUCUCUAGAUUACCAUCUUCAUGAACGAAUUUACCAGUGUCUUCUUCUUCGUCCCUCCUUGACCACUGGCCGUCGUCUACAGCAGCCAAUAUGGGCUGGGUCCUGAACGCCUCCUCCGACGUCAACGCCAAGUCCCAAUAUCCAACCAUUAUUGCCAUAUGCAUCAUACUGUCAGAAUUAUCGAGUGCAGUGGUAUUGGCUCGACUAUACGUCCGUUUUCGCGCUCGCGGUCUCGCCCACGAUGACUACAUGUCGGGCCUGUCCAUGGUCUUUGCGAUUCUCUACUCAGUGCUUUGCAUCGCCCAAACGAGAUAUGGCCUUGGCCUUCCCAUAUACCUACGACCCAAGAAAAAUCUGAUCACAUACACUCGAGUCAAUUUUGCUGGCCGGCCGAUCUACCAACUUGGCAUCAGUUUCUUCAAGAUCGCUUUGUUGAUCAGCUACUUGCGCCUUCUUCAUGGUACCGACCAUAGGACAUAUCGAGCUAUUGUGUGGUUCGUCAUCGGGGCCGUCUUUCUCUCGCAUUUAGGAUGCACCCUGUGCCUCAUUUUGGCGUGCAAGCCUGUCAGCAGAUCAUGGAAUCCAUUAGGGGAAGGAACAUGUCUCCCAGCUGGACCAUCGUUUACGGCCUAUUCCAUUGUCACCAUCGUUUCUGAUGUGGUGGUCGCCUUGCUGCCACUCCCUGUUCUAGCCAAGCUUGAGGUUCGACUCGGAAAGAAGAUCGGCCUCAUCGCCAUCUUUGGUCUCGGCCUAUUCACCACAAUCUGCUCAGUCUUGCGAUACCUGCAAAUCGAUCGGAUCCAACAUGGCGAUGGCAAUUCAACCAUGCUCGUCCUCUGGGGAACUAUUGAAUUCAAUGUCGGGAACAUGGUAUCCUCUCUUCCAUUUCUUGCACCCAUCUUCGUCAAGAAAGCCAAGCAAUACCGAUCCAAGCAUUCUGAUGAUUAUGCCGCUCCCAGUGGUAGAAGUCGAAGUCGGGGGCUGAAGAGCGACCACUACAAGUUAAAGGACAUGAGCCACGGCAAGGAUGAUGCCGUUUUCCAUUCAGCGACCGAUAAAUCUCGCAGCGGCAGUGAGGAAAACAUCUUAAGGGAAAACAAGGGCAUCGUCAAGUCAAUGACCUACACAGUCCAGGUGGAGGACGAAAGUGGAGAGCCCAGUGGUUCCCAUAGUGUUCGCUCGAUCCGCACAUAAUUCAUGGAGUCAUUUUUGUUUCAGUGUAGCAUAAAAUUUAGACAAUCUGACGGCUUUGCUCGCAUAUCUGCUCAGCAUGGAGCAUUUCGGGGGAGAUGGCUCGGCUAACCACGCAAUCUCAGUAAUACCGGGUGUGAUUCCUGAUUACACAGGAUGGCCGAGGAUGCCAACCAACAAGCUACAAC